AUGGAAUACCUCAAUACACUUGAGCCGUCAGGAAUGCCCCUGCAUAAGUUAGAACUGAAAGGUGCAGUUAUUAUGUUGUUGCGUAAUCUUGACGUCGUAAAUGGUCUGUGCGAUGGGACCCGCUUGGAAGUUGAAACACUAGGAAGGUUUGUUCUUGGUUGUCGAUUCAUUUGCGGUGAUCACAAAAAUCAGUUGGCGAUAAUUCUAAGGAUAGACAAUUACUGGAACAGUCAUAUACUGUUUCACUUAAGAAGGCGGCAAUUUCCCGUUCACGUUGCCUUUACAAUAACAAUUAAUAAAUCUCAGGGACUGUCGUUCAUUAGAGUAGGUGUCUAUCUUCCUGAGAAUGUUUUCAGCAUGGGCAGUUAUAUGAUGCCUUCUCUCGGGUCUGAACACGCAGGCCUCAAAGCGAACACUCCCGUAAAAACAGUGAAAAAUAUUGUUUACGAGGAGGUUUUACGUUAG